AAGUAGGUGAAGAUGACAAGUUUUUUCCCGGCUAUGACGACAAUGGCCGUCAUUCUUUCAUUGUUCCUUCAACAGAGUUCAUUAAUGGCGGCGGCGGCGGAGCUAGAAGAGAUGGUGCAUAUGGCUGGAUAUGGCGAGGAGAAGCUAUCCACCGUCCUCGUUACUGGCUCUGUUCUUUGUCAGGCUUGCCAUCUCCACCAUCACCAUCAUCCUCAACUUCGUUCAUGGCCCAUUUCAGGGGCUAUGGUGAUUGUUAAAUGUGAAACUCCAUGUAAGACCAUAUCAUACACAACACAAGCCACGACAGAUGAAUACGGAGAUUACAUCAUCGAUCUUCCAUCUCACCUCCACGGAAUUACCAAUUUGGAAAAUAUAUGCUCAGUUAAAGUUAUUCGAAUACCGAGGAAGUUGAAGUGUCAACCAGCACCAGUGAAGAAACACAAGCCCCUGAAACUUUCAUCGGUCCAAGACGAUAUACGCACGUACACCGUUGGAAAGACAAGGUUCCAGCACAUGGCAUCUAAACCUUUAAAAUCCUGCAUUAGAAAGGCUACCAAUACAGCAAAACAGAUAGCUUAAACGAGGGAAACACUUGGAGAUAUAUACAUGAUCAUGCAUGACUCAUUAGAUGGCGCUUCAGUCACAGUAUUGAGUU